UGAUAACAUCUAGAGACAAAGAGGACCCUUUUCUCCACUAUUACAUUGUUUCAAUAACUGUAUUAUUAAAUCUCUAACCAAACCUUCUCAACCACCACAGCACACAACAAAAUAAAUAAAAAACAAAUCACAUCCUAGUAACACAUUCCAAAAUGAACAAGUUAGUUAUUUUGAUGAGAAAUUCCUUUCUCUUUAUCUCUUUCUUCAUCAUCAUGUUCAGUUUAGGAUUCCUUGAAGCUCAAAAGGUUCCAGCUAUAUAUGUGUUUGGAGACUCACUUGUUGAUGUUGGCAACAACAAUUACAUAAAUGGUACUUUUGCAAAAGCAAUUCUUCCUUACUAUGGCAUUGAUUUUCCAACUAAGAAACCUGCUGGGAGGUUUAGUAAUGGCAAGAAUGCUGCUGAUUUGAUUGCUGAAAAAAUAGGCCUACCCACUUCACCACCUUACCUCUCCAUAUUAUCUAAGGUAAAAAACAACAACAAGAAGAAUGUAUCCUUCUUGGGUGGUGUUAAUUUUGCCUCUGGAGGUGCAGGAAUAUUUAAUGGCAAACAUGAUAGUUUGUGGAGAUCAAUACCUUUGAAAGAGCAAGUGGAAUACUACUCACAAGUAUAUGAACAAUUGAAACAACAAAUAGGAGCAUCUAAACUUCAAAAUCACCUCUCAAAAUCCAUUUUCUUUGUUGUGAUUGGAGGCAAUGAUAUCUUUGAUUACUUGAAUUCAAUGGAUCUUCAAAAGAAAAACACCCCACAACAAUAUGUGAAUUCUAUGGCUUCUUCGUUAAAAGUGCAACUACAGAGAUUAUACAACAAUGGUGCAAGGAUGUUAGAGAUUGCUGGUGUUGCUGCAAUUGGAUGUUGUCCUACAUUGAGACUCAAAAACAAAACAGAAUGCUUUUCAGAAGCCAAUUUUUUGUCAUUUAAAUAUAAUGAAGAGCUUCAAUCCAUGUUAAAGGAAUGGCAAUUGGAGAACAAGAACAUAAGUUACUCAUACUUUGAUACUUAUGCAGCACUCCAAGACCUCAUUCAGAAUCCAACUUCUCAUGGAUUUGUAGAUGUGAAAAAUGCAUGUUGUGGAAUUGGUGAAUUAAAUGCUCAACUUCCAUGUCUACCAAGUUCAAACAUUUGUACGAACAGACAAGACCAUAUCUUUUGGGAUCCAGUUCAUCCUACUGAGGCAGUCACAACCAUAAUUGUUGAUAGAAUUUUUAAUGGUCCUUCAAAAUACACAUCUCCUAUAAAUAUGAAACAGCUUCUUCAUGAAUCAAUUGCAAAAUCACUUAGUCCCUUCAAUUUUUUACUUUUAUUAGGUUUGGUGGUUACUUGUUAUUAUCAAACAAAAACAAUAUAAAGAAUUGAAAGAAAAAAAAAUUGUGGCACAUCAUGAGAUUAUUCAGAAAUCAGCAUUAGGUGUCAAUUAGUCCCACAUCCAUUAGUUUAGAAGCAAAAGUUAGGAUUAUGAGAUAUAAAAAUGAAGUGUGUGACUUGAAGAUGGGUCUAUCACAAAGGUCCAUAACUAAGGUCAGUGAUCUCUAUUGCACAUAAGUGGAGUGCUAUUUUAAGAUUUAGGUACUAGUGGAUCUUACAUCAUAAUUUGUGAUAGUGGAAGUUUAUGUUUGUGCAUAAUUUUAAUAUCAAACUCUAUUGUUUAGAUUGUUGUUAUUAAUAAUAAAGUGAUUUUGUCAUUUA